AUGGCGGCGCGAAAUCCUGGGCCCUCGUUGAAUCCGCCCCCCAUCGCCUUCCCCUCUUUCAACCGCCGCUGCCAAAAAGAUUGGAUCGCUCGUCGAGCCUUCGCAGAGAACGAAGUAAACGGUCGAAUCUACAAAAACGUGUAUCAGAAUCUCGGAUUCAAAGGGCCCAUUCCCAUCCUCAACAAGGUUGGGCUGUACCGCAUCCGCAUGCGCUGCAUCUCGGGCGGAUACAGCCGAGGUAUUUUUCGCUUCACGAGGAUGGCCCGAAUGGGAAUGCUUCAACUCGCUCGAGAAGGAUGGCUAAAGAAAUAUGGAUAUCGCCCAGGGCUCUUCCGAUAG